GAGAGUUUAAACGACGACGUUUGCUGUCGGAGGGUAGUGUCAGGGAGAGGAAGCCAAAAAGUUCCCGCCGCCAUGGCCGUUACGGCGUCUGGAUUCAUCGCGAAAUCAUCAAUAUACGUUCGUCUAGAUUUCUCGUCGGUUCCUGUCAAAUUCCCGCGCUUGAAACGUCCAUUUUCUGCCUCAAAACCUCUGGUGGUCCGGUCCGUGGCCUUAUCGCCGCCAGCGAGAACAGUUGAGUCUCCGCCUGCCGGUUACCGGAAAAAUGUUGGGAUUUGUCUCGUUAGUCCAUGUAGAAAAAUUUUUACUGCAUCAAAGAUUCACGUUCCGGAUACAUGGCAAAUGCCUCAGGGUGGAGCUGAUGAAGGCGAAGAUCUAAGACACGCUGCCUUUAGAGAGCUGCGAGAAGAAACCGGGAUACCAAACUGGCUGACCUAUGAUUUUCCACGACAAGUGAAGGAUAAACUGAACCGGAAAUGGCGAACAAGUUACAAAGGACAAGCACAGAAGUGGUUUCUCUUCAAGUUCACGGGCAAGGAGGAAGAGAUAAACCUCCUCGGAGAUGGUACUGCUAAACCGGAGUUUAAGGUUUGGUCUUGGAUGCUACCGGAACAAGUGAUUGAACAUGCUGUGUAUUUCAAGAGACCUGUUUAUGAGCAUGUCAUAAAGCAAUUCAACCCUUAUUUUGUGGAGGAAGACAAGGAUUCCAUCAACUCAUCUAAGGAUUGUUUGAGUGUGCACCGAGCUCCUGGAAAGAAGCAGCAGAAGAAAGGAAUUGAUUUUAAGAAAAUCAAGAGAAAGCUCGGGAGAAAAUUGCCUCCACCAAAGAAUGCCACUAACACAGAGAUUAAAUCCAAAGCGAUUAUACUUCCUGAGCAAAGUUUGGCAGCAGAAAAGAGUGGCUUCGCUACAAGUAAGAAAGGCUUGACCCUCCAGGAGCUUCUGCGACAAACUUCCCAUCACAAUGCCAAAGUUCGCAACGAUGCGUUACAUGGCAUCAAAGACCUUCUCAGGCACCAUCCAGCAGAGCUGCAGACACUCAAACACGCGAUCCUACUGAAACUCAGGGAACGCAUUAGUGAUGAUGAGACGAAAGUCAGAGAAAGUUUCUAUUCACUGUUUCAGACCACCAUCUUUCCUGCUUGUUUAGAGGACAACAACCAGGGCCCUCUGGUGUCACUUUUGAUGCCAUACAUAUUUAGCGCCAUGGCUCAUUCAGCUAUUGAUGUUCGUUUGAUGGCUUUCAAAUUUCUCCACCUUGUCGUGGAGCACUACUACCCGCCUACCUUCUCCUUGUAUGCUGAAAAGAUUCUCGAAAACUACAAGGAUAUUAUUCAGAAAAAUCAUUUCUAUGUGCAAGAUAAAAGCAAGCUAAAAGUAGCUCUUUCUGGUUUGGCGCAUUGCCUGUCGCUGUUUCCAUGUGAUGAGAGCGACGCCGAAUCACAGAAGAAGGGACCUCUGGAGAAUGAAACGCUACUUGCCUAUGAGCAAGAUACUGCAAAAGAAUGCGUUCGUUUUGCCCACGUCUCCGGGAGAUUGAAGGAGGUUGUUGGAGUCAUAAUCAACUGUUUCCAAGAUUUCAUUCCAUUGAUUCAUGCUCCGGGAGGAUUCGGUGUAGAAUCAUUUGAUUGUAUACACCAUAUACUUUGCAGCAUAGGUUCUGCAAUCAAGUUUUCCAUUCGUAGGCACAUUCAAAGACAGACCAUAUGCCUACCUGCAUCUGAGGAAGUUACUCUGAUGAUAUUGGAUCAGGACAUUGCAUCAAUGUUGUCAAAAAAGUUACUUGGUUCUUUCCCCCUUAAUCCAGAAAACAAUCUUUCCGGAAAGAGUGCUGAAAGGUACUUCAUCCUCAAUAGUGUAUUGACAGAAAUAUUUUUGGAAGUAAGUGAGUGGAGCCGCCUUCCUCCUGAUCUUUGCAAUAGAUUUCUGGAAUUUAUUGAGAAUACAUUACUAGGCAAGAUCACCAGGAUUAGUAAACCUAUUAAAGAAAAGACUUCACUUACACUGUUGCCCUUUAUUCCAAGACUUAUAUUGAGGGUGGACCAUAAUUGGAGAGAUAAUCUUCUGCAGGCAUUUACUAUUACCUUCAACGACUGCAAACCAGAGUCUGCACUUAAACUGGCCUGCAUUUCAAUCGUUAGAGACUUGAUUAUCCCUAAUGGAGAUAUACUUUAUCUCAGUGCAAGUGAUCCAACAGUAAAUAACUACCAAAGAGCUUGGGUCGACAAACUUCCAUCACUGCUAAAUCAGUUAGGUGAUAAACAUCCCUUAUCAACGCAGGCUGUUUUGCAACUUUUGCUUGACCUUGGGCGAGUUGGGUGUUUAAAUGCUUCCCCCACAUUUGAAGAAGACAUCAGAAAAUUCUUCAACCCUUGUCAGGGAGAAGGUGAUGUGUCUGGUGGGCCUUUUGCAAGUCUCCCUAGGGAAGUCCAAGACUUGGCUCUCUCUUUCCUUUACUAUUUUACGAUAGACAAUUUUAGUUCUCCUAUGCUGGAAUCAAUAGUUUCAUGCUGUCUGUAUCCACAACUCGAGCAAGCUGUGUUGUAUCGGAUAGUGGAAAUUCUUCACACUGCCUAUAAAGCUGGAUAUAUCCAGAUUACUGAUCAUUUCAGCUUCCUCAUCACCUUAAUUGCACGUUUCAAAGUUGGUUCAGAGAAAGGCCAGUUAGCUACGGAGUGUAAUGAGCAGGAUACAUUAAAAGCACUUACAGCCCUUGUGUGCUCAUGUUUGUCAGAAAUGGGUGAUGGCUCUCUUGUCCUCCAUAUUCUAGAGAAACUUUUACUCGAACAAAUAAUUCUGAAGCCUGCGUUGGACAAUGGAUGUGGCAUACUCAGGAUGAUAUGCGCGUUGGACUCUAAACCUACUAGGCUUUCUGAAAGCAGCAUAAGCACUCUAAGUGAAUUCUUACCGAGAUAUCUGAUCGACAUGGUCAAUAGCAUACCAGAAGAUAAGGAGAACUCUUACCUUUACAUACAAACAUGUAACUACUAUCUAGUACCUUGUUUUUUCCUGUUUGACCGGAGCUCCAAACUCACACAAGAGGUUCUGAAAAGAAUGCAAUCGAUGGUUAGUGAAAACACCAAAGCGCUGGGAUCGGUCCAAGACAGGGAGAGCGGUCGAAACUCGUUGAAUUUGAUACAGUGCAUCGUCUCUGUGAUCCUGCUGAUGCACAACGAUGUCAAAGUUAGGAAGAUAAUAUUGUCAUCCAAGUCAGAGAUCGAUUUGAUUCUGCACAACGUUGUCUCGUUGCAGUCCUCGGGAAGCAGGAGCUUGACUGUAGAAGGAAAACAUAUGAUGAAAAUUUCAGGAGAGCGACUUAAGAUUGCAUCCAAUAGCCUACUCACAUAAUUAUGUUUACAACAUAUUAAAUACACGCAGUGAGAAGUUAUUUCAUAACUGUAACAUGAAAUUAUUUCACUCUCUUUAGUCUUCUUACAAAGAAUGCUAAGAAGAUAUAUGUAUUUGCUAUUUACUUGCUUUGGAAAGCAGCAGUUUUUAUAUAUAUUUCUUUCAUUUUGUGAAACCG